AGCGCAAAGCUCAGUCGGCAUCGCGCCCUCACCUUGAGAGUAGUUUCCUGCGUCUUGCCGUGGUGUGAUUCUCGGAGGUGGCGAGCGGAAAUCCUUGCAAUUGCAUCUUAACGGAUUAUUAUUGCACGUUAAUGCCCUGUGGGAAAAGGAAUUUUUCGCUUUUUGGAUGACCGGAAUGCAAUCAUGGAUUUUAUACACAUAAAUAUCUCUGAUGACAUUAAGGAAUGGAACUUUUAGACCUAACUUAAACUUCUAUCAACGCCUGGUCACUCCGCACUGAAGUCAAGCAACGGUUCCAACGGAGGCGCAGAUCACCAUGUCCACCAUCAACGGCCUGGUUCUGCUGCUGCUGUUACUUCACUCUCUUUCGACUGGUGACGCCUCGCGGUCGAGAUCCCAGAAUGAGAACUUCCGCAGGAUGAUGCCCACACCUGCAGUUUUCAACAAUGGUUUCCAGGAGACCCACCGACUCGCCGCGACGCACGCCUCUUUCAGGUUCCCGGGCUCGCACCAGUUCCGCAAGAUGGGCAAGAACCACGAUGCCAGGAAAUACUUGGCAGCCCUCUCGCCCUUGGGGUCCAGGGCCAACGCCUCGACCUUCUCCUCGCACGAGGACCUCAGGGGGCGGGGCUCGUACUUCCUCAACGCCCGCGGGUCUGAGGAGGAGGUGUUCCCCGCCCACUACGAGCAGAGGACCUGGACGGCCGCCCCGAGACUGGACCUGCUGGACCCAGACACCACGACCAGGGACCCGGCCAUCCCUGAGAACCCGGAAGGACUCAAGAAUCCUUCUCUCCUCGUGGGACUCUGGGAGGAAGAGCCGACCAUCAGGGAGACGGACGCUUACUUCAAAGGAGAAAAUGGCAGUAUUGUGGAAGCACAGGCUGGGACAACAGCCAAUAUCCCUUGCGUCAUCUUGAAUCGUGCAGACCAUGAGACGGUGUCAUGGACCCGAAUGAGAGAUCAUCACCUCAUCACCGUGGGUCGACAAACGUACAGUAAGGACGACCGGUUCUCCGUCACGUACAAUCGACACCUUAAUGAAUGGACACUCCACUUGCGUUAUGCCCAAGAACGAGAUGCUGGAGAAUACAUGUGUCAGCUGUCAACUCACCCGCCUAUGGUGUUCAUUGCCAACCUCACUAUCACGCAGGCCUCGGCAGAAAUCCUCGGCCGGAAUGAACGAUUUGUACACGAGGGCAGCGCUGUGGUGUUGACUUGCACGCUCAAACACCACACUCAGCCGCCAGAGUACGUGUUCUGGUACCAUAACCGGACCAUGAUCAAUUUCGAGACCAAUAGACAGGUACGAGUAGAGAAGACGCGAGAUGGCAGCAUCCUCACGCUAACCUCAGUGGGCAGGACAGACUCUGGGAACUAUACGUGCUCGCCAGACCAUGCUAAAAGCGCUUCGAUCACUCUGCAUAUUAUACUGGGUGACGCCCCAGCCGCCAUGCAAGUGUCUGGCUCCUCCUGCACGUUUCCAAGUUCCCUCCUGCAGUCUACAUGUCUUCUCCUCGGUCUCCACAGGCUUGGCAUCUGCAUCGUGGGCCGCCGUCGCUGGCUCUUCUCGUGAUAAACAAACGCUGCGAGAAGUUCCAAUACUCUUUUCAGACUGGUAGGAUCGCGGCCGUGCGUGUGCGUUCGUCUUUUGUUUUUGUUUUCGUUUUUCAUGACUUUGGUGGUUAGUUCGCAAGCACACCGAGCCAUAUUAUGAAU